ACGUUGGUAGAUCUCACACAUUAGUUUUAAUACAAUACUAACGUGGCAAAUGAUGAAGGAAAAAAGCAUUCAUGCUCUCAUAGUGCCAAAAAUUUUCUCGUGUUGUGUAUCAUCUUCUCUAUAUAAAAGAUAAGCUAGGAUGUUGAAGUAGCAAUCAGAAUAACCACAAGGGGAGAGAUGAUGAAAUCCAUAGCACUUUCUUUUUUCAUUCUCACAAUCUUUCUUGGCCCUCCUACUGCCAAGGGUGAUGUUAGCUUCGAUUUGUCCACAGCUACUAAAAACUCCUAUACAUCUUUUAUCAGAGACUUGAGGAGUGCUCUUCCGACUAGAGGUACAGUGUGCAAUAUACCUGUGCUACCUUCGACUGCAUCUGGGUUACAAUGGUUCAGAUUCUUCAGUCUCACCAAUUAUAACUACCAAACCAUCACAGUGGCGGUAAAUGUAACAAAUGUUUAUAUCGCAGCGUAUAGCACUGGUGCUGUAUCCUACUUUUUUGAAGACACUUCUGCUGAAGCUUUCAGGCUCUUAUUCGUAGGUACUCAAAAGGUAACACUUCCAUAUUCUGGUAAUUACGAUAGGCUUCAAAGUAUUGUAGGCAAAAACCGAGAUUUGAUUGAGCUUGGAAUCCCUACUCUAAGCAAUGCGAUUACAAACUUGUUUUACAACAACAACUACAAACUUACUGCAACCGCACUACUCGUACUCAUCCAGUCGACUGCAGAAGCUGCAAGAUUUAAAUAUAUCGAGCAAGAAGUUUCUAAACAUGUUAGCAGCAAUUUUUUUCCAAAUCAAGCAAUCAUAAGUUUGGAAAAUAGUUGGGGUGCUCUCUCGAAACAAAUCCAGAUAGCAAAUAGCAAAGGAACUGGACAAUUUGACAAAGCUGUUGAGCUUAUAACCAUUGAUGGCAAACGAGUUAGUGUAACCAAUACUUCUACUGGAGUUGUAAAAAGCAAUAUCAAGCUCCUACUAUACUACAAAGUCAAUGGUGCUAAUGACAAUUAUAUCCCUACAAUAUUGCCCCUUGGAGCUAUAUGAAUGCCAAUGUAACUCUAAUGUCACAGAUACGACAUCGUUUGCAGAUCCACACAUAGAAAUAAGGCAUGUUUUUAUGGCUAACUAGCUAUUUUGUAGUGAAUGUGUUUUAUUUCAUGAAAUAAUAAAUAAGUGUGGAAUAUUUUCCAUUUAUGUU